CGUUCAGCGACUGGAGGGAGUUUUUCUUUAUUCCGCAGCAGUCACAACCGACAGACAUGCCAAACGAGACUACAGCCAGAGACUGUCAGUCCAUUCCAGACAUGACGCAGAUAUAUCGAGUUUUGUGAUGGGAAGCCCAGGUGUUGAAAGAAGAAGAGCUGGGAGUGAACUGUCUUUGACAUCUUUCUUUUCAAUGGCUACCCACGCAGGGGUGCUUGUUGAAAUCUGCAGGUUGUAGCCAUCACCCCAGAAGAGGGUGAGACAGACAUGCCAGAAGAGUCGAGAAACUAUCAGUCCACUUCGUAAGUAGGCUUCUUUCAUUCAGGUGGUUGAAAUCAGAGGCUGUGAGCGGCUGAAACUCUGCAAUGCAUCGAUACAAUACAGAUUAUCAACCUCUCAGAGACAUGCCGCAGAUAAUAGCAGUUUUGCCUUCAGCUUCCUGGAGAAUGUUCUGUGUGAUCCUGGGUGGAAUCACGAACAACACUCAUGUAGAGUUUGUAAAGAUGAUUAAAAGCCACGGACACACUGAGGUCAUGGAUCCUGAAGGAUGUGACUACUGUCUGCUCUUCUGUCCCAUCACUUCACGAGUUGGAACCGACGUGGAGUUGGCUCUCAGAAAGAUUCCUGCAAAUAAGCCGACGAUCCUGGUGGUGAUGUAUCACACCUUCGAUAGUUACCGCGUCGUACCAGAGAGCAGCAGCCUGACGGAGGACCCACGCGUCCACCUCACAGUGAGCUGUCUGUUCUAUGAGCAGAAUCUGCUGAACUCUGCCCGCAACGUUAAGGCGAAGAAUGAGAUCAGGAAGUUUCUCGGAUUAUCCCAGAACCUGUCCAUCAUCAGCAGGAGCCUGUUGUCCAUCAGAAAAAGCCUGUUGUCCAUCAGAAGGAACCUGUUGUCCAUCAGAAGGAACUCCUGGUCCAUCAGAAGUUCCUCCAUGUCCUCAGACGCGAAGUGGGCCCUGGUCUCUCUGGCUUUCUCCCUGAUCUUCUACGGGGCAUACACACAGCGGGUCAAAUGGCUCGGAUAUCUUGGUAUCUGGCCCAGAAGGAACAUCUGCAGUUACUUUAGAGUGUCCCCGGGUUAUACUAUUCUAGCGACAACAAACAUCUGCUCUUCAUCGGUGUAGGCCUGGUGGUUGUUAUUCUGAUUGUUCUGCUGAUCUUUUAGCGACACGGAACUAACAUGACGGAGGACAGUGAACACGCAAGACAACACAAAAUCCCAAUAAGGAAUCUCGUUGAAUCUCAUUAUCACAAUUAACUAUUCCUAAAUUAACUAGUCAUGUGUGUGUAGUUGUGAAGGUUCCAGGGCUGAAGAUUGCCACGAGAAAUGUUAUGAUGUAGUUUUUCAUUCAGGAGAGAAAAAUGAAGAAAAUGCAUUGAAGUGGAAUGAAAAAAAAUCCAGUUUGCCUGAUCUGGGCCACAAGGAAGACUUAGUAAUACCACAUGUCAACCGAAAGUGGGAAACAUCAGCUUUAAUGCCUCAUUUUCUGUGAAGUUCAAAGUUGCGAUGACUAGAAUCACACCUGCUCUGAUUCGAUGAGGUUUCCAAUGAAGACUCACUUUUAUUUAAAAUAAAGAUUGUUGCUGCUUCAUGCUGCUUGAAAUAUUAAGAUCACAUCAUGUUUGUGCCGCUUGUCUCUGUAACCGCUGAAAAUGAAUCAAUAAAAGUCUCGUAAAAGUU